CCUCCUCGUGCACGUUGGCCCCGGGGCAAAGGGCCCCGCCGCGUCGCUCCGCUGUCGGCCGCUUCGGGCCGCGGCUGGACGUGCGGGGCGGCCACCAACUCCGUCUCCGCGGAGCCGCGCCCGCGCGGUUGUAAUCCGCUCCCCUAUGGCUAUGUCGGGCGUGUCCCCCUACAGGGGGGAUUCUCGACGAAACAAUAAAAAUGCUCCAAACAAAUGCACUGGUGCGUGGGAAAACAUGGCGCUCGAGCGCCAAAGGGUUGGUGCUGAAUGUAGCCGCAACCUUACAAAAGGACUGUGCCGUCUGUGUCGGACCAGACUACUGUGUCGGACCAGACUAGGCAGUUACUGAUGCUAUGAAGAGAAAAAACGUGGCGUCUCGACGCCAAAGGUGAGUUGGCGUAGUGUCGCUCUGCAGAGUAGCCUGAUGAUACAGGCUCCGCGUCGAGCUAUACGGUGCGCCGACUCGUGCUCAUCGAUCUCCGCGUCCUGCUCCGACUAGUUGACCUCAACCUCCGCGUUGUGAAUGAAGAAGAUCAAGACACCAGCGAAGACUGCAAUUAAUCCCCAUGGCUCGGUGGUGGCUGUGGUGUUUGACGUGUCCGAACUCGUGCCCAUAUCGGUGGUCGUCGUGGCCGUCUUGGUGGUCGUCUUGGUGGUCGUCGCGGUGGUCGUCGCACUUGUUGUCUCGGUGGUCGUCUUGGUGGUCGUCGCGGUGGUCGUCUCACUUGUUGUCUCGGUGGUUGUCUUGAUGGUGGUAGUAGUGCUCGACGUCGCGGAACUCGUGGCCGUCUCGGUGGUGACGAUGGUGCCGUCGAACACGUACGCGGAGCCAGACGAACUGCCCUGAUCGUCGUCAUAGUAGGCCCCCACCACCACGCGGGCCCCGUCGGAGCUCACGGCCACCGAAUUACCAAAUUUUCUGUAUCCGGCCCCAUCACUCGCCACAAGCUUGAGCAGCCUCUCGCCGGUGGCACCGUCGAGCAGGUACGCGGAGCCAGAACCGGAGCCGCCGUCGUCGUCAUAGUAGGCCCCCACCACCACGCGGGCCCCGUCGGAGCUCACGGCCACCGAGAUUCCGAAUCCGUCGCCUGCGGUCCCAUCACUCGCCACAAGCUUGAGCAGCCUCUCGCCCGUGGUACCGUCGAGCACGUACGCGGAGCCAGAAUUGCUGCCCUGGUCCUGGUCACCGUAGGCCCCCACCACCACGCGGGCCCCGUCGGAGCUCACGGCCACCGAGAUUCCGAAAAAGUCGCCUGCGGCCCCAUCACUCGCCACAAGCUUGAGCAGCCUCUCGCCGGUGGCCCCGUCGAGCACGUACGCGGAGCCGCCGUCGUCGUCAUAGUAGGCCCCCACCACCACGCGGGCCCCGUCGGAGCUCACGGCCACCGAGAUUCCGAAUCCGUCGAAUGCGGCCCCAUCACUCGCCACAAGCUUGAGCAGCCUCUCGCCCGUGGUACCGUCGAGCACGUACGCGGAGCCAGAACGGGAGCCGACGUCGUCGUCACCGUAGGCCCCCACCACCACGCGGGCCCCGUCGGAGCUCACGGCCACCGAGACUCCGAAAUAGUCGUUUUCGGCCCCAUCACUCGCCACAAGCUUGAGCAGCCUCUCGCCCGUGGUACCGUCGAGCACGUACGCGGAGCCCGAACUGCUGCCCUGGUCGUCGUCACCGUAGGCCCCCACCACCACGCGGGCCCCGUCGGAGCUCACGGCCACCGAGAUUCCGAAAAAGUCGCCUGCGGCCCCAUCACUCGCCACAAGCUUGAGCAGCCUCUCGCCGGUGGCCCCGUCGAGCACGUACGCGGAGCCGGAAUUGCUGACCUGGUCGUCGUCACCGUAGGCCCCCACCACCACGCGGGCCCCGUCGGAGCUCACGGCCACCGAUUUACCGAAUACGUCGCCCGCGGCCCCAUCACUCGCCAAGAGCUUGAGCAACUGCUCGCCGCUUAUAGCCUGGCGCCUCCCGAACUGGGCCUGCGGCUCGCGAGGGCGACCGCUCGCCGAGCCCUCCAGCCUCGGGCGGGCCAGCGUCCCGCUCGCCGGCGACCCGGCGCUCGGGGCGCCGCGCGCUACCAGCAGCAGGAGCAGCGCGCCGACGCUGUGAGACGUGCGAAAGCGCAUCAUGCCGUCUGCAGAUGCGAAAAGCUGAGAGGAACGAGAGACGCCCGAGGGGAGCCCUGGGAGGCCGGCGACGGCCCCUCGGAACCUUGAGCCGCCAAAAUUGCUU